AUGGCUUCCAGCGGGGAGGAGGCGAGCACCGGCUCCCCGGCCCCGGUGGGCACCGGCACAGCCCCGUCCUGCCCGGAACCGGGCCUGACUCCCACUCCGCCGGACAGCACGGAGGACUUUGAGGUGCUGGAGGAGGACGAGGACGACCUGAGCGAGCUGCCGCCGCUGGAGGACGUGGGGCGGGCGCGGGCCCCGCCGCCACCGGAGCCGCCGGAGGACGCCCGGUGCCCGGAGCAAGGCCCGGGGGAGGCUCCUGAGGCCCCCCAGGAGUGGCUGGACGUCUUGGGGAACGGCUUGCUCAAGAAGAAGACGCUGGUGCCGGGCCGGGGGGCGGAGAGCCGCCCCCGCAAGGGCCAGGAGGUGACCGUCCGCCUGCGGGCCGCGCUGGAGGACGGCAGCGUGGUGGAGGAGGACCCCGGGCUCGCCUUCACCCUGGGGGACUGCGACGUCUUGCAGGCUCUGGACCUCUGCGUGCAGCUGCUGGAGGUGGGAGAAACGGCCUUGAUCGUGUCGGACGCCAAGUACUGCUACGGCUCGCACGGCAGGAGCCCGGACAUCCCACCCAACGCCGCCCUCACGCUGGAGGUGGAGCUGCUGGAGGCUCGGGACGGCCCCGACCUGGAGCUGCUGAGCGGGAAGGAGAAGGUAGGGCUGGCCAACCGCAAGCGGGAGCGCGGCAACUUCUACUACCAGCAGGCAGACUACGUGCUGGCCAUCAACUCCUACGACAUCGCGCUCAAGGUCAUCGGCUCCAGCUCCAAAGUUGAUUUCAGCCCGGACGAGGAGGCCGAGCUGCUGGACGUGAAGGUGAAAUGCCUCAACAACCUGGCAGCCUCGCAGCUCAAACUGGACCACUACGAGGCGGCCCUCAAGUCCUGUAACCUCGUGCUGGAGCACCAGCCGGGGAACAUCAAGGCGCUGUUCCGAAAAGGCAAGGUCCUGGCCCAGCAGGGCGAGUACAGAGAGGCCAUCCCCAUCCUAAAAGCAGCUCUGAAGCUGGAGCCUUCCAACAAGACCAUCCACGCCGAGCUCUCCAAGCUGGUGAAGAAGCACGCGGACCAGAAGACGGUGGAGACGGAGAUGUACAGGAAGAUGCUCGGCAAUCCCAGCGCCGGCAGCGCCCCGGUCAAGUGCAAGGACAAGCUGCCCUGGUCCAUCCCCUGGAAGUGGCUCUUCGGUGCGACAGCCAUCGCGCUCGGCGGCGUGGCCCUGUCCGUGGUCAUCGCGGCGAGGAACUGAGGACGGCGGCGGGGAGGCCCCGGCGCUGCCACGUGCCUCGCUCCUUGCCCGGGUAGGGGGGGGGGUCCGCGGGGUUGCGCCGCCCCCCCCCCUGCCCCGCGGGCUUGCAGUCCGGCUGCUCCCCCUGGCCGGAGGUGCCACGUUUUUUCCCCCAAAUCUCAUCCCGAGCGUCACCCAGCACCCCCGUAGCGUUCCUACGGGGAUGGAGCCGCAGGCGGAGCGGAGACCCCGCGGCCCCACGGCUCCGGCGGGUCCCCGCGCCGUGACCGGCCCCCGCAGAGCCACCCGGGGAGGACGCAGCGAGCCCCGGCACUGCCGUGCUCCGGGCGUGGGGCAGGGAAGAGGCUGCUGAAGGAUGUCGCACGAAGGGAGAAGGUGGGGACGUGUCUGGGGCACGUGCAAUGAGAUUUUUCCCCCCACCCCGUGCCCGGGGGGCUGCCCCAGCUCUGCCCUCCUGCUCCCCGCCCCCCCCUCGGCACUUCCCCAGAGCGUGCAAUGCCCGAAGGAAGCCAAAGAAUCCCGGGGCACCAAGGACACGAGAGGGAAGCGCUGGAGACCCCGCGUCCCGGCCGGUCUUGUAGGGCCGGAGCCGCCGGGGUCCCCCCCCCACACACACUUUGCCCCGCAGCUCUCUCCAGCCCUGGGCCCCAAUUCCUCGGGGCCCCCAGCCCCGGUUCCAGCUCCGCUCGCAGGGGUCGAACGCGCUGCUCCCCCCCCCCCGAACCGACUGUGAACUCCCAAUAAAGGACAACUCGUGCACA